AUGAAAAAUCCAAUAGAAUUCGCACUGAUAUCCGAGAAAACUCCAGUUUGUCAACGAAUGUUGUUGGCUCACUACAAAAUUGUAAGCUGAGUGCUGUGGAGGAUUUACUAACUUCAAAGAUCGAAGCAAUAGACGAGCACAAAUGCUGAAAAAUGCACGUCAUGAUCAGAGACAUACUCAUCGAAACAAUCUUCGAGGAUUGAGGGCAGUAUCACAAGAACUUCUUUGUAUUAUUUUAAAAUAUUAAUAUUAAUAUAACGAGAGAUAUCAAAUAAUGAUUCUUCAAUAGUUUCAAAUCACAUCUACUUGGUGUGUAAACUACUAAAUAUGUAACCAAUUAAUUUUUUCUAUAAAGUUAUGACAAAGUGACUCAGUGCAUGGUUUGAUCAAAGUGACUGUUUUACUGUACAUAUUCAUGUAUAGCAGGAUGGGCCAUGAAAUUUUUCCAAUGACCUGCGAUGGGCUUUGAAAUUUUUUCUUGGUUCUCAGGAUGGGCCACCGGUUUUUUUUUGGAAAACCUAUUUUUCCCUCCGGCCCACCCUAGCAGUUACUUUAUGGCCGGUCCCUUAGCAAGUAGCAACUUCCUACGGAGACGGGAGACCACGUUGGUGCCUGGCGUUACUAUUUUUGAAAAGAAACUGUUAAAAAGAACAACAGGUUUAGUUUGUAUUCUUUUAAUUUUAUUCGUCGAGUCAACAUACAGUAUUUAAUUAUAUAUCAAUAAGAGAAUAGACAAUAUAACAUAACAUUAGACUAAAACAGAACCGUUUGCCGUUACGUCAAGUCCCUUGCCAAAUGCUUUUAGUCAAUUAGAGAAAUCUCUGAGUGAACCUGUUACCGACGUUUCAGCCAGCUGUCAUGACCUUGAUACACCUGAUGACACAAAUGAUUCACCUAAUAACGUGAGCAUGGUAGGUAUUACAUUAAUUGCCAACUUGGCAAUUUUAAAUUUAAUUUCUAAAUUGUAUUCUAUACAGCUCAGUUAUUAAAACUUUGCAGGAUUUAAUGUGUAUAAGAUCAUUGUGGAAAGACGAAGAAUAUAAUGUUGAAUCACCUGGGAAACGUAUCCGAAGAGAUAACACGUUUGUCAUUAGUACCACUAUCACCACUGACAUUGACAAUGUGGAGUUUAGAGGAAAGAGGAAAAAUACGGGUACAGUACAUCUACUAUCAAGUCUAUCAUGCUGUCUAAGCCUGUCUUUAUUAUAUAACAAUUAACAAACACCAAUAGUGCAAAUUUUAGCGGAUAGUAAAAUAACGUGAACAUUGUUCUUUUGCAGGCAGAUAUUGAAGUUUCGGCUUCAGAUGACGAACUCGUUUCCAACGAUGAAUUUGGUUCCAGUGAAGAAUUUGGUCCCAAUGAUGCUGAUGAAAAUUCUGAAUUGUCAGAAACGGUUAAUACAGAUGCGAAAACCGUCACAUGGAUCGAAUGCUUUGGAAGGCUUAGUCAUCUUCGUUGUAACUUGAUGGAGUGCCAAGAAUUAAUCUCCAAAGUCGGAAAAUUAGAUGCACCCCAGCCAGAAAAUCUUCUAGGAGAGCUUCUCGACGUAGUUGAACGUCUCAACAGACAGUCGUCAUCCUUGUUAUCCGAUACCAACCGAGCACUUGCACACAUCAAAUCUCAGCAAACUCAAGUUUCUGUAUUCCCGUCUACUGAAUUUAUCCCUAUUGUUCGUGAUCCAGGUUGCAGAAGGAAGAUAUUAACGGACGAAGACAGAGUAUACAUGAUUGAACAAGGUCCAUUUCAGCCAAAACUUACGAGAUACCCCAGAAACCGUGACAUUCCUCCUCCAAAACACUGUCAAUUUUCCUCAGAAUGGUUUAACACGUAUCCACAUCUAGAGUACUCUAUCAGCAAAGAUGCUGCUUUUUGCUUUGUAUGCCAGUUAUUUCCACCUCUGCCUGACUGUCGCAAGGCUGACGAGUCCUUUGCUGCGUGGGCAUUGAACGGCGUUCGAGCUUGGCACAAAAUGGAAAGCCGUGGAAAAAGCACACCAGGGAAAUUGGCUACCCAUUUUACCAGCUCAAUCCAUCGAGAGGCUCUUAGAGCACUGCUUGCCUUCCAGAAUAAAUCUGUCCACGUCAACGUCUUACUUGAUAAAGAUCACAGAAAUGCACUGAUUGAAGAAGAGGCUGAAACUCAACGCAACCGUGAAGCCAUAAAAGCACUGUUGGACGUGACAAGAACUCUUGCACGCCAAGCAAUAUCGUUCCGUGGAUCUUCGUCUGAAAAAGAGGGCAAUGGAAAUUUCCGACAAGUUGUUGCUUUGGUGGCCAGGCACUCCCCUGCACUCCACUCCAGAGAUGGUUGGAUGACGCUCCAACGCGCCCGCACAGAGUCGAUUAUCUCAGCUCCAGAUCACAAAACGAGUUUCUUACCUUGCUGA